CCUUUGCAGUUGAUUUGACCAGUCUGUGAAUCCUUGGAGGAGGAGAAGGGUGGUGGAGGAGGAGGAGGAGGAAAAGAGAGGUUCCCCUUUCCCAUCCGGCUCGCGGUUCCGUUUCCGUCGCCGCCAACCUCCCUGCUCCUCCAACAGCAGCAAAGAACUUGUGUGAAGUUGCCCGAGGGAGCCGGGCAGGAGGAGGCCGCCAGGCUACCUAAGCAGACCUCUUUCCACGGUGGCGAAGCCGAGCGUAAUGAAAGGUAAUUGGCCGGGCUGUUAUCCAUCUGCAGCCUACAUCUUGCCUCCAAAUGCCUCUAAUUGAAUUGCUGUAAUUUUUUGCCCUUCCUAAUGCACUGCCUCGGCGAGGGGAAAUGGCCGGGGGGGGGGGCGGCUCUCCAGGCUCCCCGGGGGGAAAGAGGCAAGCAGCUCCGGCGAGGCUCAUAAAUAGCGCGGAUCGGGCUGGCUUGGGUACCACUCGGACCACCACCCCGCCUCCCCAGCGCUUCUUCCGCAAGCUCCUCCUCCACCCCGUUUGCGGGAUCUACGCAGGGAUUGAGUGAGGAAGAUUCCCACAAGAGAUCAGCCAGCAGCCCUUGGGGACCACUGUCACCGCUUGCCAGGAUCCACCUCGACACACAUCGGACACCACUUUUCACGGCAAGAUGCAGAGGUGUACCUGUCUCCUGUUUGCCUCCUUGAUCUUCUGCGCUGCCGUCUCAGAGACUUUCGGGCUGGUGUUAUCCGCUAAAGAGAAAAGGGGAUGGACUGUGAAUAGUGCUGGUUAUCUGCUUGGUCCAAGUCGUGUUGCUCAGAUCCUCAAGAAAAUGUCCCGUGCAAAGGGGACAGAAGAGCCACCUGGGGAACGUGCAAUUGACAAAGUUUUUAAUGCCCAGCCUGGUCUAGCUGGUAAACGUGACAUACAGCUUGAAGGAAAUACAAAAGCAGGUAUUUUGGGAAGACCACUGACUGAUGACAAUGUUUUGCGUAUGGUAAUUGAAUUUUUGACAUACUUACACCUUAAAGAAGCUGGGGUUCUUGAUGACAUACCUGCAACACUUUCUUCAGAAGAAGCAAAUCAGUCUUGAAAGAGAAUGUAUUUAUACUCUGUGUUAUAAAUUCCCAACAUCUAAUCAGAAUUUUGAACAAAAUAUGGCAUUGUAUUCAUCUUGUACGUUCCUCCUCAUUGUCAACUUCUUUUUGUCUUUUCUUUCUUUGGUGAUGUUACAUUGUAAAAAAAAAAAAUCACUGAUAAAAAAUUACUUUCGAUAAAUGACAUCAUAAAAAAAUAGCAGCUGCUGUUUGUUUCA